CAGUGCUAGGGCUCUUUGAUUUUAAUUGAGAAGAUGCAGCCACAGUCGCAACCUAUAUCGAUGGGAUUCCCUGGGGUGAUCACGCACACUGACUGGUCUGAGCCAUGGUUAUUGGGACUUUUAGCCUUCCACCUACUUUGUCUGUUGCUCACUUACCUUACUUUCCAACGAUAUCGACUUCAGAUUGGGCAUUUCCUGUGUUUGGUGACUUUAGUCUAUUCUGCUGAAUAUAUUAAUGAGCUGGCUGCUAUGAAUUGGAGGUUAUUUUCUAAAUACCAGUAUUUUGAUUCAAGAGGAAUGUUUAUUUCCAUGGUUUUUUCAGCUCCAUUGCUGUUAAAUGCUAUGAUCAUUGUGAUUACAUGGGUACGUAAAACUAUGACUGUAAUGACCGAGUUGAAGAUCUUGCAACAGAAAAGAAAAGCAGAAAGAGAAAAAAGGAAGAAAACAGAAUAAUGUAGAGUACCUUUUACAUUGAAUUUUCUAACAGUUAUCUUUGUUUCCAAUAUUUGUAUAUCAUGAAGUAGACUAUAUUGCAAUGGUACCUUUAGUAAGUUCAUGGUUUGAUGCAGACAUACAUUCUUUUAUUUGUCUUUACUAUGAUAGAGGAAAAUAUUCAAUUCAUUUAUUUAAUAUAAGUUCUAAUUUAAUUGUAAAUGAAACUAUAUUUCCUUCAGCUCCAAAAUUGUGUUAUGCCGAUUUAUCAUUAUUGAUACAGUCUAAAGAUAGCCCAAAUAACACACCAAGGUCUGUGAUUUAAACAUAUUAGUGUUCCCUUUGUACUGUAUCUGUAUUUGUUAUUUUAGAAAUUUGUUCUGAUUAUUAAGUUAUACACUAAUCAUUUAUGGCAGUAGUGUUGCUCAGCCAUUUAUAAGAAUCCCUGCUGGUCACCUACUGACUCAGAAGACCACAUGUUAACUUUAUCUGUGUUCUAUUGUAUUUUUUACUUAUUUUGUUAAAUAUUUUUCAGUUAUAUUUUAAUCUGGUUCAAGCACACUCAACAGUGUUAUGGGUUAGCUACGUGUUUGACACCUUAUUUAUGUGAUAAAACAUUCAAAAUAUUUUUCUCUUUAUAUCUAACAUUAAAUAAUGAUUUAUGGCAAAAUUAAUGGAAUCUGGUUUGACAUCUUCAGAAAAUGAUCUUAGUUUAAUGAAAUAUUCUUUAAAUUACAAUCUUAUAUCAUUUCCCCACAUAAACAGUUUCUGUAUAGAUUAUGUGAAACAUUGUGACCAAAUAAUCCUGUAUGAUAAAAUGAAUUGUCAUGAAAAUUUUAAAAUGUUGUUUAAAAUAUAUAUGUAUGCUUUUAUAAUAUUUAAAUUAAUA